GAAAACUGUUUGGAAACUGCUCCGCUCCGCUCAGCUCAGCUCUCCAGUGUGUCCCGUUAUCGAAGUUGUGCCGCUGCCGCUGCUGACGCCGCCGCCGCUGCCGUAGUCCAGUUUUUCUUCUGUUUUCCAAGCUCUCUGGCCGCGCUGCUCUCGCAACGCACCCACACACAGACAAAGCGGCCACAGCACAGCUGAGCGAGCGAAAGAGCGAACGCAGCAGUGACAGAGAGAGAGAGAGAGAGGGAACGGGAACGGGAACUUAAAGCUCUGCUUUUUCCAUACGAAACCGCAGUCGAAACGCGGCCGCCAAAAACAGCACAUCGGACCAAGAGCGAGAGCGAAAAAGGCAGACAGAGGCGAAACGGCCAGGCAGAAAGAACACUUCUACAAGAAACGCAGCCAUCAGCACUUGAAACUCCGCCAUAUGUAGCAAAGCAGAAGCAAAGAUAAAAACGCCUAGGAAAUCGAAAACGAAAUCUCUGUCCAACCAACAACAACAACAACCAGAACGUCUUGAAUUAAAUCAAAACCAUGUGCUGUGCUUAAAUUUAUUAAGAAAACCAGACAGAGCGAGAUAGAAGAAAGGAAAAGGAAGCUAAACCAGCGUGAGAGCGAAAGAGAGAGAGAGAGCUGAACGGGGCGGCGAAUUGCGUUGAUUUUUUAGCAUGUAUUGAAUUGAAACGUUUAACUAGAAUAACAAAUUUAGUUGUUGAUACUUUUCCAAUUGUUUGUUAAAACGCUGUCGCUGGAAAAUCGAACUCUCCACCCACACACACACACCGCAAACCACAAAAAACACCCAACACCCGCGAAAUAAAAUCAAAUUCUUGUGAUUAAAGUGCAUUUCUAUACGUACGUUAAAUACAACUAUCCACACUCACGCAAUAAACACACACGCAUACAUAUAUAACGCAACGAAAGUCGGUCGAGAUCGAAAAUCUAUAUAUCGCAAUCCAUACAUAUAUCGGUGGAAGCAGCAGCAGGCGGCAGACUUUGAUUCGAAAACCCAACACUCGGCUGAAAACACACAAAACAGCAGUUUCAACGGCGACUCUAUGAAGAUGGAAGUGCUCUCAGUACAAAAUCACAUUCAGGGAAAAUUCGGUGUUAAUAAAAUUAAAGACUGGCAAGCUGCGACAGCACCGCUGGAGGAGGAGGAGGAGCUGACCGCGGGCGUGAACGGGAGCGCAGCCGCCGGCGAGGGCAUUCUGGACGUCGACGUGGUGGAUGGUCAUCCGGCCUCCGUGCUGCACAUGCGACAGCACCAGGCGCUCAACACCCGCCCACCGUCCACGCCCCCGUCGGCAGGGGGCGGUGGUCCUUUGGCGGGAGGAGGAGGAGGAGUAGCAGGCGGAAUGACCACCCCCAAGCAGGCCACCUCGCCAGUGGCUGCGGCCAGUUUCGAAGUGCCCGUUAGCGGAGGCAGUGCGGCCGCCUAUCACCACGCCUACAUGACCAACGUGCUGGCCAGCACCGUCCAGCAGCACUACCACCACCCACUGCCCGCCUCGCCGCUGCAGUCGACGGCCGGAGCUCGCUUUGGGGCCGCCGACAAUCUGGACGAUGUGAGCGCCAGCGCGGUGCGGGAGCUGUCGCAGCAGCUGCAGGCCCAGCUGAGGGACGCCAAGCGGCGCCACCUCUCCUGCACCGAGGUCACGCUGCCCAACGACCUCACGCAGCGCAUCGCCGCGGAGAUCAUCCGGAUGUCGGAGCGGGAACCGUGCGGCGAGCGGGCCUGCACACUCUUCAUCGAGUUCGAGAGCGAGCCGAACAACGUCAGGCGCAUUGCAUCCUUCAAGGUGGACCCGGAUACGGUGUCGAUAUUCGAGUUGUACCUGACCUUGAGGCAGGACAAGAGCGGCUGGACCUCCCUGCUGCCGCAGUUUAUAAAAAACCUCACCCGUAGCAAUACCAUCAACAUCAGUCCCGACUUCACGCUGACCAAGAACAAGCUCUACUCAUCCGAGUGAGUCGCUCGACGGAGGAGCGGCACGGAGCAUGGCGAACCGGCAUCGCUGGGCUGCUCGAAACUCAAUCCCUCCGAACAACAGCAACAGAUAGAACAGCAGCAGAUAGAACAGCAGCAGCCAUCGCAAUAGCAACAUCUGUCGGUCGUGCCUCCUCCGUCGCGAUAGCCCAGAUUCAUGAUCUCCAUUAUGGAAUACAGAGAGAUACAGAGAUGAUGUUUAACCGUAGAGGCAAACUUUUGGACCACAAACUAUCAACUUACUCCUGCAAAUAACAAAUCAACUCAACGCUAAAGCAAAACACAAUUAUUUUGGAACCUAAGCUCUAAAAACAAAACCAAAAAACCAAAACGAAAACAAAAACAAAUCAACUGCAGUUGCAGGCAACUCAAAACUCUUAUUGGACUGACUUUUUGGCUUAAACAAAAAAGGUACUUUUUGAAAAACGAAAAAAAUCGCAACAAAAAAAAGAAGUAUUGAAAAUGAGGAGAACAGAAAACCAUAAGGAAUAUUCAAAAUAUUGUAAAACGUUAAGGCAGACAAGCAGAAGAAAACUUCACUCAGUGAACGGUUGUCGGUGAUCCGUUUUAAAUUGAAUACAAAAGGCAAAACCCCCGGACGGAAGUGUAGAGUAUUAGCCCCAUUUGUAUGUAUGGAUGUGUGUACACCAUCACCUUGUAUCAUCAUCAUAAUCCAGGAAUCAAAUGUAGCUCAUGUAUUAUGUAUGAUACAUGUCUUUUGUCACGAUUCAAUUAGGCUAUUACUUCAAACACAUGCAUACAUCUAAAUACUGUUUUGAGAAAAAGGAAACCAACAAAUUUCUAUAGAUAUAUAUAUGAGAGCAAACAAUAAGAAUCGGAAUCGAUCAACCGAAGCAGAAAGAGGAAAGUUAAUAAUAACAAAUAUAAAAACAAAGUUGAUGUGAUAUUAUAUAAUAAUUAUGAAUAUUGAUAAACGCAUACACACUCACGAACACACUCACAUACAUAAAGAAAUCAAACGCAAACAUUUUGCAAUAGAUUGGAAAUUAUUUCGAAAUUUGGUUCGAUCCCGACACCCGUCAAGUCGGUUCCCAGUUAUCUUACAAAAACAAAAACAAAUUUAAUGUUAGUGAAAUAGAUUCAAGAAAUUCUCAAAAUAUUUCCACCUACUUAUGAUUAAGCUCUGUAUUAUUAUUUUAAUUAAUUAUUAUUUUCUUGUUUUUGUGCAUAGUUCCAAACUUUGCGAAGAAAGUGUAGCCGAGUGGCUGAAUAUACAAUAUACAUAUAUAGAUAUAUAUGAAAAAUAUUUCUAAUAUUCGAUGUGUUUCUAAUGUAAGAUUUUAAUAUUAAACAAGAAAAUCGAAAUCAACCAACAAGCAAAACUAAACUAAAAUCCAGCAGAAGAUUUCAUUCAAUGUGCGUAGCUGUGUGUUUAUCUGUAGUUUAGUUAACAAAAAACAAAUGCAACAAACAUCCAACAAUAACAACAACACGAUAUGACAAACAAACAAAAUUGAUAAGUGAGAAGCGAUGAAUAUAUCGAGAGAAAUCGGUUAAGUAUUCAACUAAUGGAUACAUUUUGGCUAGUUAGUUGGCAAACAAAUUGUUUUGAUUAACGAACGCAGUGAAAUUAUUUAUAGAAAAAGCAAAAAAUUGAUGAAAAAAAUGGGUAACUAUUGUGAAGAGGCAGAAGCAAAAACUUUCGGAAAAUAUAAAGUCAUCUGUGUUAAUAAAUUUUAAAAUAAUUUUUAGCGUAGAAUAACAAAACAAAGAAGUGAAAUCGCAAAGGCAAAAUUAAUUAAAUCUGUUGUAGGCGACAGACCUCUAAAGCUCUCACAAAGCCACAAAAAAAGAACCGAUCCCAAGUAUUUGACAGGUUAAUUGUAGUUUUUACUCGUGCAUAACACACACCCUCAAACAAACACACGCAAUGGCAAACAAGAAUUUAUUUAUAGAACCAAGAAAUACAAAAAACAUUUGCAAUAAUUUAUAUUAAACUAACGAAAACUUUUUCCAUCAAUAAUCAAUCCCACAAAGAUCUCGACUAAUAAGAUGAAGAACUCAUUAUAUGAUUAAGGAAAGAGCAUAUGGAAAAUUACACACGAAAAGUACAGCUUAGGUAUUUAAAACUUGCUUUAAACUUAUUUAGGUUAACCCAGGUGUAAAAUGCCAAGGCCCUCUAAUGCAUAAUAAAUGUUUUAGCCAUCUCAACUCAAGUAUCGACGUUUUCAGCUCCAUUCGAUCAUUAAACACAAUCACACACAUAAGGAUAUGCAUAUACUAAGGAUAUGUAGUGUAUGUAAAUAGGGCCACCGUAGCAGCAAUAAAUGAGAAGAAAUUAAAAACUCUAUAUAUACUGUAUUAACUAAUUAAAUGUGAACAUAAAUAAAGCAAGUGAAGAAAUAGAACCAUGAAUGUGAUCUAUUUAAUAAUAAUCUUAAAUAAAAUUAAAUUUGCAGAAAGCAAACGAGAGAUAUUGCGAUCAUUUCCUUUUGUUCAAUUGAAAUUAAUAACCAAGUAGUUGUAGAACAUUAUAAUUUGUAGAAUUCUCAGUAUCAUUUGCCGCAUUUGUUUCCAUAUUGAUUGGUUUACUUUUUUUGUUCACAGUGUUGCCAGGCUUUGUAAGAUUGUACGAUUCGCAACGCUUUCUGUGUGGUUUUUCUUGAGCUUUUUUUGUAAACCGGAUAUCUGAUAUUGUAUUUUGAAGUAGUGAAACUAUCUCCAGUUUUCGGAGUGUUUUUUGUUACGUUUUCCAUGGAUAAGUGUAAACUGUAUAGGAUACAAAGAAAGAAAUGAAUCUUAGAUCUGUCCAGUGCUCCUCAAAGUAUUUUGUAAACAAUAAUGAUAAACCAAAAACAAAAAGAAAGCGACAACAAAAUCGUGACAAGUAUCAAGCCCGUAGGCAAGCGGAUAUGAAUAUGUAUUUAUGCAAGGGCUAUGCGAAAAGUUCUAUAAAUGAAUGUAAAAUAGAUGGAUCUAUAUAUAUUGUAGAAUUUUUACACAUUCUAUUACGGACUACAAAGUUACCGACUAAGGCAAACAUUACGAUUACUACUACGGCAGAACUAAUGUAUAUUUUCAAUGUAUGUGUGUGUGUUGUUUAACGGAACCAAUUACUGCAUUCAAGAAUCAAAUUACAAAUCAAUUAACGAUCGCCUCAAGUGAAAUCGAAAGCAAAUAACUAUCCGUAACCCUAGGGAGCCCCCAGUACUAGACAGCACCCGAAUCUGAAUUUGAAUUAAAACUGCAUUCCAAUUGCGACCGACAUCAGUAUGGCAUCUUUGAUUAUCGAUAGGAAGUUCUAUUCAAACGAUUAUCCCACCAUAUGCAAUCUGAGCCAGAUUUCAUUAUAAUUUUCUCGUUCGUUAUAAGUUCAGGAUUCAUAAUCUGCUUUCAUUGGCGGCUACGCUCAAUCAGUUAAGAUAACUCUUAGAGUCCGAUUCCCUCCCCAACUUUUGUCAGUUCAGAUCUGCGCUUGUUUCGUUUCCGACUAAAAUUAAAAAAGGGAAUGAAACAUUGUUCUCAAAUACCGUUGAUAGGAAUCUGUGUUGUACACCAUAUAGUUAUGUGACGAAGUAAUGUUUAACAAUUUCCAUUAUAUAUGUGGCAAUAGGUCUAUAACGAUUAAUGAGUCUAAGGCGAGGGCUGAAACGAAAUAACGAGAGGGGAAAGUAAAAUAUAUAUUAUAUAUGUAUACCAUAUACUACCUAUAUGAUUAUGAGUGUAUGUAAUGAAGAAAACAAAUGAAAUAAAACAAAUUUAAAUUUUA